GCACGUGUCUUAAGUCGGUUGCUAGGCGACCAUUUCACAACAAACAACAUGGCGGAGAAAGCGCAUAUUGCAGAGCUUGAAAAAAAGAUUCGAGCCGCCUUUGAAGCAUUUGAUUACCAGUCAAAUGGCACCGUGGAUGUCCGCGAAAUUGGCACCAUCAUCUAUUCUCUGGGUCGCUUCCCCACUCAGGCAGAUCUUCACAACUUCAUAGCUGAGGUGGAAGAGGACCAAACAGGAUACAUCCAUCUGGACCGCUUCCUCCCCGCCAUGACCAGAAUUCUAGUGGAACACAAGUUCCCUCCCAUCUCAGAGGAUGUUCUGCUUCAAGCGUUUGAGGUUCUUGACGAGGAAAAGAAAGGCUUCUUGGACCCAGAUGAUCUGUCGCAGUACUUGAUGGAGGAAGGCGAGGUCUUUACGCAGGAGGAGAUGGACGAAAUGCUGACAGCCCUAACAGACCAUGAGACCAACCUGAUUUACAGCAAAGACUUACUCAACCAUCUCAUCAUGGACCCUGAAGUGUAAACAAGCACAAAAAAAAAAAAAAAAAAAAAAAAAAGAUUGCCGUCAGCAUUUAAUUACAAUUGAUGAUGCAUGGAGAAGUUAACAUUCAUAAGUUACAGACCGCACAUGAACAAUGAGAUAUGCUUGAAAACAGUUCUACCAGUAUGAAUUUAUGAUUUCUGCUCAUAAUUUAAAAAGAAAAUUGAAGUCAAAUGUUCUUGGAGGAGGUCCUCAACGCUCAUUUGGUCUUUACACACAAAUAUAAACAUGGAGAAUAGAAUUAGAGGCAUGUUUAAAAAAACAAUAAAUCCAGCAUUUGAUAGUGGUUUCAAA